CCAAAGUUGGUACAACUUAUGUUCAAAAACAGUAACAGAACUCUCACUGUCUCUAACUAAAACAGAAUACCCAAUUGUAUGAAAGCUCUUAAAUUUUCAAAAUCACCCCACAAGAAAAAAGAAAGGAAAAAGUUGUUAUAUCAGUAUGUGCUAAGGCAGUGAAACCACCUCUCAUAGUAAACAGAGUACUCAGCUUUUUCAAAGCAAUGAAAACCAAUUAGCAAGAAAGCAAUAAGAGAGAGGGAGAGAGAGAAAGAGAGAGAAAAUUGGGUGUUUGCAUGGAGAGGAUAUCAAUGGGAACAACUAUAACAAGGAGGGCUAAAGGGCAAUACCCUCCAGCACAGCCAACCCCAAGAAUCCUUCAUUUGCCACGCACUCGCAGGCCUAGAAGGAAAGUACCAAAGGCAAGUCCUUCAAAACUACCCAGUUUGCAGAAGGAGAGAAAAGGGAAGCUGGUGAGCUUGUUUGAUCAAGAAAGGUCAUUUACGAGAGGGGUUGUUCCAGUGGUGCUUGUGAGUCCAAGGGAGACUGAUGAGGAGAGGAGAAGAGAGAGGGUGGAGGAGGAGAGAGAAAAUAGUGGUGUAGUUUUGGUUGAAGAAGAGAAGUGGAGGUUCCAAGCUGAGAUGUUGAGAGCAGAAUGUAACUUGCUGAGGAUGGAAAGAGAGAUUGUUGUCAAGAAAAUGGAGAGAAGAAGGGUGCAGAUGGAGAGGACCUUGAAAUCUGCUGUUCAAACUUUGCUUUCUGGAAGAAAGAAUAUUUGUGAAGGAAAGAAUGUGAGCUUGGUACUGGAGGAGCAGAUCAAUGAUUUGGUGGAAAAAAUAGAAAAACUGCAAAAGAGGUCAGGAGUUAAAGACUUGGAGGUUAAAAAAUGUAGUAAUUUUGAUAAGCAAGUAUCUUUUCUCCAAAGGCGGUUAGAGAAGUUUGGAGGAAUCUCUGAUGAAGAAAUAUGUGUGAAGGAGAUUCGAGAGAUGGCAGAAUCAAGCUUGUCGGUUAAAAUGAGCUGUGAUAGGGAUGGGAGCUUUGUUUCAAAUCGCAACACAAAUUUGCAGGUGGAAAUUUUGAGAAGAAGGAUGGAGGGAUUGUCAAAGGGGGUUUUAUUAGAGAGAAUGGAGGAGGAAUAUGGUUCAAUGCUCUCUACAGCUAACAGUUCUGCCUCCAGUUCAGAGAGGAUUGAUUAUUCUGAUUUGUCAUUGUCAUCAAUGCAACAAUCAUACAAGGAGAAAAUUCUCCAUGAGGGAAGAGUUUGUUCAGGACAUUGCAAGGCUAUAGUGCAGAGGAUUGUAGAGCAAGUUCGUGCUGAGACUGAACAAUGGUCCCAGAUGCAAGAGAUGCUGGGGCAGGUAAGGGAUGAGAUGGAAGAAUUGCAGACAUCUCGAGAUUUUUGGGAAGAUCGAGCACUUGAUUCGGACUAUCAGAUUCAAUCCUUGCAAUCUGCUGUGAAAGAAUGGAGACAGAAAGCUCUCUCAUCUGAAGCAAAGGCUAAUGAGCUACAGGCGCAAAUAUCGUUGCUUCAUGUAGAGAUCGAGAGACUGAGGAAGGAAAGAGGUAGAAAAAUAUUGAGGGCCAGAGAUGUUUCACCAAUUAAGCAAGAAGCACAAAAUGAAACAGAGAAGCGGGUACUCCUCUGUCACUUAAAGGAAAACCGUUGUGCGAACAAUGAUGGUUGCAAUCAGAAGGAGCAUUUAAGAGAUGAAAGAAGAAAGACCCAAACAUGCACUGCUGGACUUCUUCCCAGACGAUCACCCCUGAUAGAAAUUGGUAAUAUGUCAGGACUGAUGAAGCAACAUGGUGAAGGAAUCUUGCCAUUGUUUUGCCUUCAUAAAGAGGAAAUGAAACGUUCAUUCUAGACGAACUGGAUCCUGAUCUGUAGGGCUAUCAAAUCGUUGGUUCACAGUUUUCACUGGUACACAAACUUGUGAGUACACAUAGUUCAUGAGCAGUACAUCACUGGGGUGGUUUUGAAGCUGUUCAUUAUUUUUACUGCUGCUUCUACCUUACAACAUUCAAGUGGAGUCUACAGAGAAAAGCGUGCGCAAUGUUGCGAAUCUAAUGCUGCUACAGCUAUUGGACAGUAGAUAAAUCAAGAUAGCAACAACACAAUCUUGAGCUGGCUAGUCAUGUAUGCAGAUGGUAAAAUUAAUCCUUCUAGUUAAUAUUGGCAGUUAAAACUUGCUUCUUUUUGUUGAGCUUAGAAUGUUUUAUCGUUGAUCAAAUAAAUUAGCAUUUGAAUGCCCAGCCAAUGUAUGCCGUAGUAUAAAACCAUACUAGAGGAUUUCCAUUCAUGGCAUCCGAAUGCCAUUAGACGGGUAUCCAAAUGCCUUAUUUUCAGCAUGACAUUCAAAUGUCUUUGGUCGGGUAUUCAAAUGUCAAAUUGAAACAGAAUUAUUUUUCAUUCUGAAAUGCAAGAGAUUCGAUUCCCUAUGCGUGGACAUUCAAAUAUUCAUAUG